GUACGUCGAUCGUGCGUGUAUGCGUGCAUGCGUGCGUGCGUGCGUGCGUGCGUGCGUGCGCGCGUACGACAGUGAGAUGAGGUGAGAACUCGCGGCGCGCGAGUACCUGUCGUCCACGGAGGGUUCGGAGCAAAGGGGUGUCCCGCACGCGCGCUGAUAAAAUGCGCGGCUUAACGCUGCUGCUGAUAACGGCGAUCGCGAUGAUCCUCUCGCCGGUCGCCGCGAAUCUCUUUCUCAACGCCGCACAAGAGAUGUCCUGCUGUUCGCAGGCUGCUGGAUCCUGUCGGAACGAGUGCUCCAAGACAUCUCUGGUGGUGCUGGGUGCGGACACCGAGGCGCGGGAGAACGCCACCCAACGUCUGCUGGAGUUCUGCCCGACGAGACUGGUGGACUUCUGGAGCUGUGUGAACUCGACGUUGAAUGACCUGAAGAGGAACGAGAAUUGGCUGGGUCGUGGAUGUUGCCAUCUCGCGCAGAAUCCCACGUGUCGCAUGACCUGUGCCGUGUCGGGCUCUAGGAAUGAUCUCGCCGAGUACUGCCGGCCGAGCGAUGAACCCGAAUUCUUCUCCUGUCUGGAGAAACGCGAGGAAGGCGAACGAUGUUGCAGCAAUGUCUCCAACGACACAUGCAGGUCCAUCUGCAAGGACCUCUUCUAUAAGACCGGCAAGCAGUCCAGUUUGAAGCUGUACAACAGCAUGGGCUGUUUCCAUCAGGUUCCGAAGUGCCUGAAGAGCCUGGCCGAAGUGAAACACGCCGAAGAUCCGAAGCAACAUCUGCACUGUUGCGAGGAGGCGAAGUCGCCGGCGUGCCUGGAAACGUGUCGAAAGAUCCUGCACACCGCGACCACCGACCAUGAGAUCAUGGACGCGCUGACGGAGAGCUGCAGCCCCGUGUUCCCGCAGUUGCCCAUAUGGAGCUGCCUGUUGAAGUCCGACUCAUCGAAGCCCACGCGUUUACCGUUAGACGCCGGCAAACUGGCGUGCUGCGCGAAAGCGACCAGCUCCAAUUGCCAGAAUUUAUGCUGGCGGACCUUCCAGGCCGACUGGGAGACCGCCUGGCCGCAGUUGGACGCAACGUGCCUCUCGUCCAGCAUGGAAGGCGAACUCAGGAGGUGUCUCGAGGACGCGGACGAUCCCUGUGAGAUGGGCUGUUCCGGCUUGUCGUAUUGCGCACAAUUCAACGACAGGCCCACCACGCUCUUCAGAACGUGCACGGCCGCGGCUGACGAGGCCGCCAAAUGGGAGGUCGACCAUUGGUCCCGGGGUGAAGCCAUUCGCGGAUUCAGCGUGCCGGUGCACGCCGCCGCCUCUUGCCCGACGGAGACCCUCCGCGCCGCCGCCUGUUUUCUACAGCUGCGACCCUGCGAGAACAGGCUGCACGAGACGCGGCUUUGUCGCGAGGACUGCCUCGAGUUGAUGGCCAGCUGCGUGGACUGGAGCCUGAUCGACGGCAGCCACAACGCGGCUACUCUGUGCGGCAAACUGUCGCCCGGUAGACCAGACGCACCGUGCGUCUCGUUGGGGCCCUUUCUCAAGAGUUCACAGGAGUUCGACGACGACGAGGCCGUGAUCCUGCCCGAGGAGGACAUCGCGACACCCUGCAAGCCGAACCCGUGCCCGCAGGGCCAGCUCUGCGUGCUCCAGCCGAACGGCGAUGAGGUCCACCGCUGCCUGCCGGCUUGCUCGCUGGGGGAGAUGUCGAAGCAGCUGGUGCCGGUCGGCUCUUGGAUUCAGAUCCCGCGGUUCGACCAGCACGGCUGCCUCAACAUCUGCCAGUGCACGACGCGCGGCCUGGAGAAGUGCCGCGUCCUCAACUGCUUGAACUUCAAGUCCUGCUGGGUGCACGACCGGUUCAUCGCGCACAAGGCCAACUUCUACCUCGAGUGCAACCCUUGCCAAUGCUACGAGGGCGAGUUCACGUGCUCCAAGAGGAGCUGCGGCGAGCCGCGUGCGCCGUCUCUACCCUGCGACUGCUCGGCUCACUAUGUCCCCGUAUGCAGCAGACUGGGUUGGACCUUCGCGUCCGCCUGCUUGGCCAAGUGCGUCGAGCUGUCGGCGACGGAGCUGGAGUUCGGCAGCUGCUCCAGCAGGGACCCCUGUGCCUCCAAUCCCUGCGGCAGCGCGGAGCAGUGCGUGCGCAGACCUCGGGUCUGCCUGUCGCGUCUGCACAAACCCUGCCGGCAGUACGAGUGCGUGCCGAUAGAUUGCAACCCGCGCGACGAGUCCAGCGGGCCCGUCUGCGACCGGCUGAGCCGCCAGCACGUUUCCGUCUGCGCGAUGAUCCGAGCUGGAGCGAGUCUCAGCUACAGAGGACCCUGCCUGAAAGACUGCAGUCUCCGGGGCCCGGUGUGCGGCGUAAACGGCGAGGUUUACGCGAACGAGUGUGCCGCGUGGGCCGAGAAAACCGUCGUGGACUAUCAGGGCCCCUGCGUCGCCGUCGGUCUCAUCGGUGACUCGGUGGAGCCUCGCUGCGGCGAGGCUGUCCAGUGUCCCCCGUUGGCGGAGCCGUACUGCAUCGGGGUCACUCCUCCGGGUGCUUGCUGUCCAGUCUGCGGAGGCGCCGCGCGGUUGGUCUACUCCAAGAAGCAGUUGGAUCGGAUCUACUACACGAUGGGCGAAGAAGUCGACAAGGACUUCGUCACUCUGGAAGUCCUUCUGGCCGCUCUGAGCCGUCGGGUGCACGUGGCGCAGUGCGCUGUUCGCGGUAUGCUGACGCCCGACCUCGACGUCUUCAUCAUCGUGCAGCCGAUCACCAAAAAGCCGUCGGCGUUGCAGCUGCGAGCCUGCGUGACGGAGGCGGAGAAGCUGGUCACCAGGAUCUCGGAGAGGAGUUCCACGAUCGCAGCGGAGGUUCCGCUGGGCUCGCUGACGCGCGCCGAAGUGGCUCACAGUUACGUUUCGAGCGCCAUGACAAUUCAGGCUUGGCUCGCGACCAUCACGAGCGCCAUCGUCGUGCUGAACGUUCUGUCGUAAGCGCAAUUACAAAGAGAAUGGGAGAUGCGUCGCUUAUACCGUAUAUCGUAUCAACGUUGUCUCGAAAGUAGAGCGUAAGGUACAAAUGUCAAUGCCGUGCGACGCGUACUUAAUUUUGGACGCUCUUAUUACUUUGGUCUUUAAAUACGAAUAUCUAAACUUUCAACAUAGGAUAUAACAUAGGAUAUAACAGAAUGUGCAUAUUCAAUAUAUGUAUAUAUUUAUGUUUAAAUAUUCGUAUUUAAAGACCAAAGCAAUAAGAAUAUCGUGGAGUCAGGGGUGCGUGUUCAGGCAUUGGUACUUUUAUCUAACGCGUCUUUUUCCAAUUUAUCGCACACAGGUUUAUCACCGUAGCAUUUUUCCGGAGCCGAGAAUUCGCAAGUCGUAAGCGACGCAUCUCACUUCUUCCCGUUCUUCCUCGACGUUGAAGGCGUCUCUUUACCUAAUCGCGAUGCCAUUCGCGACGGCGAGUGGUCUACAGCGUGUCUCGUGUCUGUGAUUCUUCUAGUGCCUCCGUAAUAUACAGCAGUACAAGAUAUAUUAUAUUUUUAAUCGCUGAUUGAUAUUGCCAAAGAGAGACGAGAGAAUAUAUAACGCGAGAGAGAAAGAGAGAGAGAGAGAGAGAUGUACAAAGAUUUAGGAUUCACCGCGUGCACUGUCCGUCACGGGUACAUCGAGAACACAUGCUCAUUGUAAGUUGUAAAUAAAUAAGAGAUCGUAAACUUAAGUUACCAGUUCGCAGAUAUCGUGACAUAUCAGUAUAUCGUGUGCCGCAGAUGUGACUUUUACACAGCGCGUCCUUCUGAAAAACCGAGAGAGCUCAAAGCGAGGCGAGUCUUAAAUUUUCCAAGAGUCCGGCUGGUAAUUUUAGCUACGCGACAAUCAGAAAUCGAUACGAAAUUCUAAAAAAAAAUUUUUUAAAUAAAUAAAUAAAGCGAGAGCAACUCGCAAGCGAUACAGUUUCUCCAGGACACGCUGUGUAGGUACGGCUUUACACUGCCGAGCGUUCCGAAUUUUUAUACAACGCCGCGAAUAAGUAAGUUAACUCGUGGUAGGAUACUCGUCGGGGUGCUUGUUAAGGUAAGGAUUAAAGGAACGACGGUCCUCGCACUUUUAUUAUUUAUAAACCUGCGAAAAUUUGGAUCGCCUGCAGUGGUUCGUGCCAAUGAUACAGAUAAUGCUCCUAUAGGUGUUAAGUAUACCUUGUUAUUGUGCUGUUUAAUACAAACUCUUGGUACCGUCUCAGUUGUAUGUAUAAUAAAUUUUUCCAACGUUUUUUUUUA